AUGCUCCCUGGGGCUGCCCCCUUCUCACCCUCAGGGUCCACCCCCACCCCCACCAACAGGCCCAGAUUCGACUCCACCAUGGAGCCCCUGAGGCAGAGAGGGCCUCCCACCCACCCCUGUCCCAGCCCUGCCCUCUGGCAGGCCAGUGUUAAGCGGCUCACUACCCCUGGGUGGGAUCAGAGGGAGGACGGAAGGCUGGGCAGCCUGUCACUCCCCUCUGGCCCUGGUAGGUGCCAGCAGCUGGCUUGGUGCUCCUCUCAGCUGCCUGCAAUGGCUUCAGGACUGCCCAGCACUGCCGGCCUGGCGCGCUUCUGCCAGAAGCUGAAACGGCUGAAGCCACUGGAGGAGGCCACCAUGGAGACAUCGCUGCAGCGCUGCCUGUCCGCGCUGGACCUGACCCUGCUGGGAGUGGGGGCCAUGGUGGGCUCGGGCCUCUAUGUGCUCACCGGUACCGUGGCCAAGGAGAUAACCGGCCCGGCCGUGAUCGUGUCCUUCACUGUGGCCGCCGUGGCCUCCCUGCUGGCGGCCCUGUGUUACGCUGAGUUUGGGGCACGCGUGCCCCGCACAGGCUCUGCCUACCUGUUCACCUAUGUGUCCAUGGGCGAGCUGUGGGCCUUCCUCAUCGGCUGGAACCUGGUGCUCGAGUACGUCAUAGCUGGUGCUGCUGUGGCCCGCGCCUGGAGCGGCUACCUGGACGCCAUGUUCGACCACCACAUCCGCAACUUCACCGAGGCCCAUGUGGGCAUCUGGCAGGUGCCCCUCCUGGCCAGAUAUCCUGACUUCCUGGCUGCCGGCAUCCUACUUUUGGCCUCCACCUUCGUCUCCUGCGGAGCCCGUGUCUCCUCCUGGCUCAACCACACCUUAUCUGCCAUCAGCAUGGUCGUCAUCCUCUUCAUCAUCAUCCUGGGGUUUGUCCUUGCCCGCUCACACAACUGGGGCAAGGAGGAGGGCGGCUUUGCACCCUUUGGCUUCUCUGGUAUCAUGUCCGGCACCGCGACCUGCUUCUAUGCCUUCGUGGGCUUUGACGUCAUUGCCGCCUCUAGUGAGGAGGCCCGGAACCCGAAGCGAGCCGUGCCCCUGGCCAUUGCCAUCUCGCUUGGCCUCGCAGCCAGCGCCUACAUCCUGGUCUCCACGGUGCUCACCCUCAUGGUGCCCUGGCACAGCCUGGACCCUAAUUCAGCGCUCGCUGACGCCUUCUACCAGCGGGGCUACAGCUGGGCUGGCUACCUUGUGGCGACUGGCUCCAUCUGCGCCAUGACCACUGUCCUGCUCAACGGUCUCUUCUGCCUUCCCCGCAUCAUCUACGCCAUGGCCGUCGACGGGCUAUUCUUCCAGGCAUUUGCCUACGUGCACCCCCGGACACAGGUGCCUCUGGUAGGCAUCCUGGUGUUCGGGGUUCUCACGGUUUUGGUGGCGCUGCUGCUGGACCUCGAGGCAUUGGUCCAGUUCCUGUCCAUUGGCACACUGCUGGCCUACACCUUCGUGGCCAUCAGCAUUAUCGUGCUGCGAUUCCAGAAGGCCCCUCUGUCCAGUUCCCCAAGCCCAGCCAGCCCCCGCCCUGCGGCCAAGGAGUACAAUUCCUUCUCAGACCACAUAGAGCUGGUGGGCACCGAGCAGGUCCCAGCCCCCGAGCCUGGGCAGCUGCGGCCAGCCCUGAGGCCCUACUUGGGCUUCCUGGAUAGGUGCAGCCCUGGAGUGGCCGUGGCUUCAGCGAUCUGCGUCCUGGUGGCCUCAGCCAUCACCCUGGGCUGUGUGCUGAUCUUCGGGGACUCAGCCCUGCACCUCCCUCGCUGGGGCUACAUCCUGCUGCUUCUGCUCUGCAGCAUCAUGUUUCUGCUCAGUCUCCUCGUCCUGGGGGCCCACCAGCAGCAAUGCCAGCAGGACACCUUCCAGAUCCCCAUGGUGCCCCUGAUUCCAGCCCUGAGCAUUCUCCUCAACAUCUGCCUCAUGCUGAAGCUGAGCUACCUGACCUGGGUGCGCUUCUCCAUCUGGCUGCUGAUCGGUGAGUGGGGGGCCAGGCUGGUGUCCUGGGCCAGCUGCAGGAGGAGGGUGAGGAGGGCGAGCAGGGCUGAGACCUGCCAUUCAUGCUCGCGCCACCCCUGCAGGACUCUUGGUAUAUUUCGGCUAUGGCAUCUGGCACAGCAAGGAGAACCAGCGGGAGCUGCCGGGGCUGACCAUCACACGCUAUGUGGUUUUCUCUAG